AUGUCAUACGCCCAAGAUCAGCCGAAGAAACGGGACAGAAGCAACGAAAACUUCAAGAAGAGGUGGCGUACUUUCGCUGUCCAGGCUCUCGUGUAUGGUAUAAGCCAUAACCAAGCAGAGGUGGCGGCGUGUGUUGCCGCGCACCCUGACUCUGUGCCACUGAUCUACAGUGUUCUUGCCACUGCAGAACCUAGCAACCUCCCCACACCACCAGCACAACCCUUAGGCCUCGAGGCGGUAGGUGCUGCUGAUGAGUCCAGCAGCAGCGACGACCCCCCUAGUUCCGAAAAUUCGCACGCGACAAGCAAAAAGCCUGACAACGCCUAUAAACGCGCUGUAGCCAUGGCUAAUCACCUUACCCGGGAGUUAGGCUCCGUGAAUAUCUUGACCGAAUUACAGCACGAUUUACAGCGUGAGAGGGCCCGAGCCGAUCAUAAUGCACAGCGUGCAAAGCCAGAACUGAGGUCGCAGAGCGAACAGGGGGCUGGCAAUCAUCCCGAUAAUUUGGAAGACGAUUGCCACAGCCUACAGCCCAGUCCACGUUUCAAGACGGCCGCUGAAAGGUACUCGUGUAUAAUAAUCGCACAACGCUACCAUGCUGCCAAGCGCAACAAAGAAAAGCACACAUGUUCAGUCGCCGAAAUUUUUGCUAAAAAGUAUUUACCGGACAAGGACAAGAAGGGUCUGCCCAAAAAGAAAUUGCAGGACAGAUGGAAAGCCAUCAUGCACCAACACAAUUUCUGGGAACAGCUGGCGACCUCUUGUGGGGGGGCCGGCGUGUUGCUGCUGCUGCCCGCAGAAUUUCAGAACGAGCAGUGGGUUUGCCCGUCACCAACAACGACCACAUAA